UAUCGCUAACUAUAAAUGCGAUAUGUUACUGUAUUUUGUAAUUAUGAAUGAAUGAAUUCAGGGUUAGCUUGAUAGGCACGAGUUGCUUAUUUAAUUAAACUAUGCGAAAAAUAUGGAUAAUUAUAUUCCUCGUAAUACUUUUGGACAUUGUUGCUUUUAGCAGUGUUUUACCUUUAUUUCCUUUAAUAUUUGAAUAUUACAAUUUGGUUGAAAAGAAAAAAUAUGGGGUUCAUUACUUUAUAUUAACUACUAUCAAUAAUCUUUGUGAAAUUUUAAAUAUACCAAUAUCUCAAAAAUUUAUCAGUGUGUUAUUUGGAGGAUUACUAGGCUCCUUGUUCUCCUUUUUACAGUUUCUCUCAGCUCCCAUAUGUGGUUAUGUAGCCGACAAUUAUGGUCGAAAACCUGUUUUGAUUGUAUGCAUGUUAGGAAUAAGUACUUCAUAUUACCUGUGGUCCCAAUCAAUUUGUUUCUCAACCUUUAUGCUCUCGCGUAUUAUUGGGGGACUUUGUAAAUCGAACAUAUCUAUUUUAACUACAAUAGCAACAGAUUGCUCUGAACCAAAAGACAGAGGAAAAAUUAUGGCUUUGAUUGGAGCCGCAUUCUCUAUGGGUUUUAUUGUGGGACCUUUAAUAGGCGGAAUUAUGGCAUCACGUUAUUUAAAAUCGAAUGAAGUCGUCUCCUUGAGUCAUUAUUCAUAUGAUAUGGUGGCUUAUCUAUCACUGUUUCUUUCUAUCCUAAAUUUAUUCUUGGUUUACUUUUUCCUACCAGAAACAUUACAGAAUUAUAAAUUCAACAAGCAUGGAUCUAUCUGGGUCAUUUUCAAAAAUAUAAUUCGCAUGAAAAAAGUAACUGAUUAUAUAAAUCCUUAUUCGUUGUUUACUUUUCGGCCUUGUUUCACUAUUAGUGGCAUAGAAAAAUCCAAGCUGCAAAGUCUAGGGUGUGUUUAUUUUCUCUAUCUCCUUUUAUUUUCUGGCAUGGAAUUUACGCUAACAUUUUUUACUCACCUUCGUUUUAAAUACAACAGCAUGGACCAAGGUAAAAUGUUUUGUUUUAUCGGGUUUGUAAUGGUAAUAGUGCAAGGUGGCUUUCUUCGCCAGGUUCCGCCAUGUAAAGAAAAAAAAUUCGCUUUAAUGGCUCUUAUAUUGAUCAUCCCAGCUAACGUUAUAAUAGCAUUGAGUCAUAACAGACUAACCUUUUAUACCGGUCUUCUCAUAUAUUCCUUAUCUACAUCAAUGGCUGUUCCUACCUUGACUUCACUCGUAUCUUAUUAUGGCAAACAAAAUCAAAAGGGUGUAGUAAUGGGCAUUCACCGAUCAUUAGGAGCAUUAGCCAGAACAAUUGGACCAUUAUUUUUUUCAUUUUUAUUCUGGAGCAUCGGACCAACUUAUUGCUAUUUAUUAGGUUCAAUACUUCAAAUCAUUCCUCCAAUUGUUUAUUACAGAAAUUUUUUACCCAAUUAAACACCAAAAAAAUUAUAUUAACCAAUCACGAUUUUUAUAA